CUAGUCAAAUAUUUGCAGAGGAAAAUGUCUGCUCCGGACGCGGAGAUAGAAAAGCCGCUUGGCGGGGCGACAAAGAUGGGGAAGGUUCCUAAGAUGGCCAAGGUUAAGAACAAGGCUCCAGCAGAGCUUCAGAUUACGGCAGAGCAGCUUCUGAGGGAGGCCAAGGAGAGAGAGUUGGAGAUCGUUCCCCCGCCCCCCAAGCAGAAGAUCCAGGAUGAGGAAGAACUUCGAGAUUUCCAGAUGCGGAAAAGGAAAAAUUUUGAGGACGCAAUCCGGAAAAACAGAUCAGUUAUGUCUAAUUGGAUUAAGUAUGCAACUUGGGAGGAGUCCCAGGGAUCCUUAGAUAGAACCAGGUCUGUAUAUGAGAGAGCUCUGGAUGUUGAUCACAGAAAUAUUGGAUUGUGGUUGAAAUAUACUGAGAUGGAGAUGAGAAACAAACAGGUGAACCACGCAAGAAAUCUGUGGGACAGAGCAGUUACCAUCCUACCCAGAGCAAAUCAGUUCUGGUAUAAGUACACUUACAUGGAGGAGAUGUUGAAUAAUAUCCCGGGCUGCAGAGCUGUGUUUGAGAGAUGGAUCGAGUGGGAGCCUGAUGAGCAGCCCUGGUUAACGUACAUCAAGUUCGAGCUCCGAUACAAGGAGUUGGAUAGAGCAAGGAAAAUCUAUGAAAGAUUCGUCUACGUUCAUCCCGAUGUUAAGAAUUGGAUUAGAUUUGCUCGAUUCGAAGAAUCUCAUGGAUUCAUCAACAGCUCACGGCUGAUUUAUGAACGAGCUGUUGAGUUCUUCGGCGAAGAGAACAUGGACGAGAAACUGUUCAUUGCCUUUGCGAGGUUCGAAGAGAACCAGAAAGAGCAUGAUCGGGCUCGAGUCAUUUACAAGUAUGCUCUGGACAACAUGUCCAAAGAGCAUUGUACCGAGCUCUUUAAGAACUACACGAUCCACGAGAAGAAGUUUGGUGAGAAGUCUGGGAUUGAGAACGUUAUCCUCAGCAAACGAAAGUAUCAGUAUGAAGAGGAGGUCAAGGAGAACCCUAUGAAUUACGACGCUUGGUUCGAUUACAUUAGACUAGUUGAGAGUGAGGGUAAGAUUGACCUGAUCAGAGAGACUUAUGAGCGAGCUAUUGCCAAUAUACCUCCGUCUAAGGAGAAACAUUUUUGGCGGCGAUAUAUCUAUCUCUGGAUAAACUACGCUAUAUUCGAAGAGUUGGAGGCCGAGGAUAUAGAUCGAGCUCGUCAGGUUUACAGGGCAGCGCUAGACCUACUCCCACAUAAAAGGUUUACAUUCUCCAAACUGUGGCUUCUCUAUGCACAGUUCGAGAUCCGGCAGAAGGAUGCUGACACAGCAAGAAAAGCUCUCGGAAGUGCGCUGGGGAAAUGUCCUAAAUCCAAGAUAUUUCGUGGAUAUAUUGAUCUAGAAAUCCAGCUCCGGGAGUUCGGUAGGUGUAGAACCCUGUAUGAGAAGUUCCUAGAAUUCAACCCUGAGAACGUGCAAACCUGGAUGAAGUUUUCCGAGUUAGAAACAUUACUUGGAGAUGUGGAAAGGGCCAGAGCUCUGUAUGAGUUAGCAAUUGGUCAACCUAGACUAGACAUGCCUGAGAUUCUGUGGAAAGCUUACAUUGAUUUCGAAAUUGAACAGGAGGAGACGGACCGAGCUAGGGAUCUUUAUAAGCGUCUUCUCCAGAGAACUCAACACGUUAAAGUUUGGUUGUCCUUUGCACAGUUUGAACUACAGGUUGAGCACGAGGAUAGGAUAGCCGAGGCUAGACAUGUUUACGAGGAGGCCAACAAGAAGCUCCGUCAGGGUCAGGAGAAGGAGGAGAGGCUGAUGCUCCUGGAGGCCUGGAAGGAGUUUGAGAAGGAGGAGGGGGAUGAAAAAUCUAAAAAGGUGGUGGACGAGCUCAUGCCCAGACGUGUGAAGAAGAGACGAAAGAUCCAGUCUGAUGACGGGAUUGAUCAGGGUUGGGAAGAAUAUUUUGAUUAUAUUUUCCCUGAAGACGAAGCUGCCAAACCCAACCUUAAAUUACUCGCGAUGGCGAAAAUGUGGAAGAAGCAGAAAGAAACCGUUGGAACAGAGGAAGAGGAGGAAUCUGAAAAUACAGAAGUACCAUCUGAGAAGGUUGGAGAUAAAAGUGAUACAGAAGCAGGAGAAAACAUGGACGCAGACGAUCCUUCAAUCGUCAAUGAGAGUGAAAGUGAGGAUGAGGAGGAAAAUGAGGAUCAGGAGUAGAUUCUUUUCUUGGAUUAAUGUAUUGUACAAACGAAUGAAAUAUUUUGUUACAGCAUUUAGAGAAGACAAAUUAAUUGAUUCCUGGAAUUGUAUGUUUGGAUCUAAUCAGCAUGUUAUUUCAGAAA